AUGGCACACCAAUUCCGCACAGUCGCUUACUUCGUCAACUGGGCCAUCUACGGCCGUAAGCACCGACCUCAAGACCUACCCGUCGAGAAGUUGACGCAUAUCUUAUACGCCUUCGCCAACGUACGACCGGAGUCCGGCGAGGUCUAUCUAACUGAUACCUGGGCUGAUACAGAUAUUCACUGGGAAGGCGACAGUUGGAACGAUGUCGGUACCAACUUAUACGGCUGUCUCAAGCAGCUCAACCUUCUAAAGCGCCGGAACCGACAACUCAAGGUCUUACUCUCCGUCGGUGGCUGGACCUAUAGUAGCAACUUCAAGCAGCCGGCAUCUACGCCCCAAGGUCGUGCCAACUUCGCCAAUUCCUGCGUCGAGCUGAUCAAGAACUUGGGCUUCGAUGGUAUCGAUGUGGACUGGGAGUAUCCGCAAUCGCCAGCCGAGGCCGCCGACUUCGUCGCCUUGCUGUACGCCGUGCGCGAGUCCAUGGACGCGUAUAGCCGUACCUUGCCUACGCCAUACCACUUCGAGCUGACGGUAGCCUGUCCAGCCGGCGCGCAGAACUUCACAAAGCUUGAUAUUCAAGGUAUGGACCGGGUGCUCGACUUCUGGAACCUGAUGGCGUACGACUUUGCGGGGUCAUGGGACUCAGUGGCGGGGCACCAAGCAAACCUAUACCCGAGCGCAUCAAACCCGCGCGCCACACCCUUCAGCACGGUCGCUGCAGUCGAUUACUACCUAUCGCGGGGCGUAGCACCCAGCAAGAUCGUUCUCGGGAUGCCGCUAUACGGGCGCGCGUUCCAAGGCACAGACGGUCUAGGAAGCGGGUAUAGUGGUGUCGGCGAGGGAACCUGGGAGAACGGCGUGCACGACUACAAGAAACUGCCUCUACCUGGGGCCACGGAGUAUUUCGACCGUGAAGCUAGAGCCAGCUACUGCUACGAGCCUAAUACACGGACACUGGUCAGCUACGACACGGUGGACAUGGCGCGGACGAAAGCAUGGUGGAUUCGGGAGGAAAGACGGCUGGGUGGCGCUAUGUGGUGGGAGAGUAGUGCCGAUAAGGAGGGAAGGGAGAGCUUGAUCGGAAAUGUGGUUGAUGUAUUAGGUGGACCAGGAGCGCUGGAUCGCAGGCCGAAUUUGAUCGAGUAUCCGUAUACUAAGUACGAGAAUCUUAGGGCCGGGUUUCCUAAUAACUAG